AUGACCUACACUAACUUGAGUUUAAUGUCGCCAACUCGGAUGUUUCCUAGUGCCCUUGUCAUACUCGAACUUGGAACGGGGUUCACGCACUCUUUAAGCGAGUUUCUUGCUGUGAGAGCGCUGUUCAAAAUCGCCAUAGGUGGGAUCUUCGGCCUAGCAGCAUCUACCGCUCUUGAGGACCUCCCUUACGAAGCUCGCGGUAUCCUUUCAGGGCUCUUUGAACAAGGAUAUGCAACAGGCUACCUCCUCGCUCCAAUUUUCUACCGUGAAAUCGUACCCACGACCACCCAAGGUUGGCGUAGCUUGUUCUGGUUUGGUGCUGGACCGCCAAUCCUCAUCAUCGCAUUCCUCCUGUGUCUACCUGAGACGAAUCACUUCCUUGUCCAGCAAGCAGAGCGCGAGAGCCGCCACGCUCUUCUUCACAAAUAG